CGAUAGCUUAGGGAGGUACUGGUGGAGAGGUGCAUGUGGCAAUUUCUUUUCUUCGUCACAUUCGGUGAGCAGGAGAGAGAGAGAGACGGUUAGAAACGGAAGAUGAUUGUUUACGAGAAGCACGUAGGAGCUAUUAAUCUGUUUGGUCGAGCCUAUGGGUCAGCGUUACCUCGAUCGAUGGUGUUGGCGGUGCCCGUGGGGAUGCUGACGAUGUUCCUUCAGUGGGAUGUACCCACGCGGGAGUAUCUUAGGGCGGUGCAGAGGCAUCCUAACGCUUUGAUGGUGGUUGGCACCCUGCUGGGGAUUAUCAUAGCCUUACGAACGAACCUGAGUUAUGCCCGAUACUGGGAAGGCCGAACCAUGGUGGCACAGAUGUCAUCCAAGUGGAGCGACGCGUCCAUCCAGGUGGUCGCCUUCGACGAGGCGGCCACGGGCGAGCCCGCAGAGCACGGUAUCAAGUUCCGCGCCGAGUUCGUUCAUCUGAUGAGCUUGAUGCAUGCCCUGGCCAUGCAGAAGCUUCGUGGAGAUUCCGACAUUAAUAACCUAUCCGUUGGAAGUCUGGUCGAUAUCCCGACGCCCAAACCGUCUCCCGAUCCCGGCGAUGUCGAGGAAUGGUACAAGUGUAUCUCGCUGUGGGACUACUUCUCUCUCUUCCCUGCCAAGCGGCACAUGAAGACCUACCGCAGGAUCUUCUCUCUGCCUGUCUUGGGCGGAAUCAGCCCGGAGGAGAGGGAGGUGCUCUCCCAAACCGAAGAUCGGGUUCAUUGUGUCCAUUGCUGGUUGCAUCGCUCGCUCGUCGCCCGCCGCAUGGAAGGGGGUAUCAAGGUGGAUGCUCCCGUCGUAUCUCGAAUCUACCAAGUCCUAUCUGACGGUAUGUUAGGGUUCGAGAACUCUUACAAGCUUGCAAACACCCCCUUUCCCUUCCCUUACGCGCAAUGCAUUACCGUGUUCAUCUACGCUGUGGCCUUCCUUAUCACCCCCGCGCUGGCCGUUGGAUGGAUCGAUUCCCUCUGGAUGUCGGGAUUAGUUGCCUUUCUGAUGGUUCUAGGCUACGACAUGCUGAAUGAGGUGGCUCGGGACCUAGAGGAACCCUUCCGGUUCGAUCCCAACGAGCUGCCGGUGUGGUUGUUCCAUCACCGGUUCAAUGCGCGGCUGGUCACAACGCUAUGCAAAAGCCUCAUGCCGGAGGUCGGGAUCACACGACAUCUCGACUCUGGCUUAAUCCAUAAGCAAGUCCAGGACAGCCGGCCGGCUAUAAAAUACAAUCAGGUGUUCGAAGAUUGCACAGGCAGUCCUCUGCCGCACAGGAAAUGCCGCACAGGCAGCCUUGUGGUGCACAGUGAUCGCACAGGAAGUGCCGCACAGGAAGAUCGUUGCGACAGAGACGGUGGCCGCGAAGAAGAUCGACGAGAAGAUGUCAACGAAAAAGAGCAGGAGAGUGAGUACCAGGGAGUGGAUGGGGAGAAACCGGAGAAAAGGAGGAGGUCUUCACCCACUCAAUGGUGCCGCCCGUUACUCUCUCCUCAGCCCCACCCACACCCACAUCGGCCGUCGUCGCCUAGGGCGACCAGAUCCUAUGCAGUAUAAGGGCAUACUAUCCAGUAUAUGACCGCUUUCCAACCUGGCCUGGAUGCACCUGACCGCGAUUACGUCCACAG